AGACACGUAAGAAAACAUGAAAACAAAAAGCGUAAAAGUAAACAGCAGGCAGGUGUGCAACAAUUGAUUAACUCUGUUUUGCGGACUAAAAUAAAUUACUUAAUGUGUUUUAUCGUUAAGAAAAAACUGAUAGUAAAGUGUUAUAAACAAACUGCGGUUACUCGCAUUUCAGUAACAUAAACAUAACUUGGGAGCAAGUAACGACUUAGCGAUGAGAAAACAAAUAACAGAUUGGUAGAAGAGCAGAGACAGCAGAGAUAAAAUGUAUAAAAAUACAAUUAAUUAAAGAUAAAAAAGAGUAGAAGCAACAGUUAACACUUUGGCAUACAGUUUAACGUUAUUAGCCAAGAAGACGAUGAUGGCAAAGAAGAGCCAUCAAACACAUUUAGUUAGUAUGGUUUAGCCACAUCAGUUAAGAAGUAGCAGUAGCGCAACACUCGCACGGAGGAGUGGUUUACAAAACUGGAUUUUUUGGAAAUUGUGCCAUUUAGGUUAAACCUAAAAAACAAAGAAUAUAUUGAAAUACAAUUUAGUGUAAAAUUGUGCGCUUUAUCCGUCCAUAGUUUUAGUUAGCGAUUAAUUAAAUUAAAUUAAAUUCAAGAUAUACAAGAAUCACAAAACAAAACAAAAUGCUUCCUCGGUAUCGUUCCAUUUACGGUAAAUUACUAAUAUUCUCACUUGUUGGCCUCUGUUUUGUGCUUUAUGUGAAAGUGUUACAAGUAGAAGAAAUACAAGAUUCUGGUAGUGGGGUGAGGCAUAUGCCACAUCGUUUGGCACAACAUUUACAUCCUUGGCGCAAUAAUGGACAAAACAAUCGAAAUCAAAUUGAAGACGAAAUUGAUAAUGAAAUUAUACCACAAGCACCACCACAGCAAGCGCCAACAACCGAAUCGCCUUAUGAGUUAAGCAUACGUUUGGAUUUGAAGAAACAAGUUCCGGGUUUGGGAGAUGACGGUAAAGCCGUCUUUCUAAAAGGUGAAGCCAAAGAACGUGGUGACGAAAUAUAUAAAAAGAUCGCGCUGAAUGAAGAGGUUAGUGAAACUCUUUCAUAUAAUCGCACUCUGCACGAUGGUAGACACCCUGAUUGUAAAAAACAAAAAUUCGAUUUGGAUGCAUUACCCACAACGUCUGUGAUUAUCAUAUUCUACAAUGAACCAUAUUCUGUGUUGGUGCGUACACUGCACAGCACGCUAAACACUUGCAGUUCUCGCGUGCUUAAAGAAAUUAUACUCGUCGAUGAUGGCAGCACGAACAUGGAGUUGGCUGGAAAACUUGAUUAUUACAUCAGUUCUCGCAUACAUAAUAACAAAGUGCAAGUUUUACGCCUUAAGAAUCGUUUGGGUCUUAUACGUGCACGUUUAGCGGGUGCCCGUAUAGCAACCGGUGACGUUUUAAUCUUUCUCGAUGCACACUGUGAAGGCAAUAUCGGUUGGUGUGAACCACUCUUGGAUCGCAUAAGGCAAUCACGUACAACCGCAGUGGUGCCUAUAAUUGAUGUUAUUGAUUCCAAAGAUUUUCAAUAUAGCACAAAUGGUUAUAAAACUUAUCAAGUUGGUGGAUUUCAAUGGAAUGGACAUUUUGAUUGGAUUUAUCCGUCAGAACGUGAACAACAACGACAAAUGCAUGAGUGCAAUGAAGUACGCGAAAUUUGUCCUGCACAUAGUCCCACAAUGGCAGGUGGAUUAUUUGCUAUUGAUAGAAAAUAUUUCUGGGAAAUUGGCAGUUACGAUGAACAGAUGGAUGGCUGGGGUGGUGAAAAUUUGGAAAUGUCUUUCCGUAUCUGGCAAUGUGGUGGCCGCAUCGAAACCUUACCUUGCUCUCGAGUUGGACACGUUUUUAGAGAUUUCCAUCCUUAUACAUUUCCACAAAAUCGUGACACUCAUGGUAUAAAUACAGCUCGAAUGGCUUUGGCGUGGAUGGACGAAUAUAUAAAUAUAUUCUUUUUGUAUAGACCCGAUUUGAAAUUUCAUCCUGACAUUGGCGAUGUAACGCAUCGUAUAAUGUUAAGAAAAAAAUUACGCUGCAAAAGUUUUGACUGGUAUCUACGUAACGUGUACCCAGAAAAGUUUAUACCAACGAAAAAUGUUGUAGCAUACGGCAGAUUUAAAAAUGAACAUGACAAUUUGUGUUUGGAUGAUUUGCAUCAGGAUAAUGAAAAACCAUACAAUUUGGGUAUUUUCAGUUGUGGCAGAACUCUAUCCAAAACUCAAUUCUUUUCGUUUACUAAAUCAAAUGUACUACGUAACGAAUUAAGUUGUGCUACAGUACAGCACAGUGAUUCUCCACCACAUUUAGUUGUAAUGGUUGUUUGUAAGGAUGAUGACGAUUUACACGAACGAUGGAGAUACGAGAAUAAACAGUUUAUACAUACGAAGACAGGUAUGUGCUUGGAUGCGUUUGGCUUAAAGAAUCUUGAUCAUCUGCAAGUGGCUCCCUGUAAUAAUGCAAGUGAAACGCAACGUUGGAGAAUUGAACGUGACUGAAAGAAAAUAACACAGCUAACGAGUAAUACCCCAAUUAAUACAUAAAUUGCCAGAGAGAAACUGACUUAAAAAAUAUAAAUAUUUCUCAUGUACUGAAGUAACUGGAACACCUCAUAAAUUGCGAAAAAUUAAAAAAAAAAACUCAACUUGUAUGUAUAAAAGUUUCAAUGAAUUUUUGAAUUGCUAACAAUAAUUUCAGGUCUUUGGUAAACUUUAUUGUAAAUUUAAUGAAGCAGAACAAAUUAUAACUUCAUAGUCAACAGUAAUUGGAUUUAUUGCUAAGUUGUGUUUUGUGCUGCUUCAAUUUAGUAAUAUUACUUACUAUAUAUACAUAUAUUUUUAAUAAGUUUAAGAAAAUUAAAUUUUAUCAAGUAUAUGCGAUAUAUAUUUUAUUUCACUAUAAGCAUAAGUUAG